GACAGUUUCGAAGUAUUUUUCAUCGGGGCAAAAAGUUCCCAAAGCGCGUUUACAAACGCACGACGAAAGGGAUUUUGGAUUUUUGUGCCUUCAAUCCGGAAGCUCACUGGCUCGCAAGAACAUCGAUGUAGCUGAUCGUAAAGCACUAGAAUUACUUCAUAAAGAUUGAAAGCUUCGCUUUAAAUAAACUGAAAUUCUGAACCGAUGUACUUCGACACGAUGGAGCCCGAUAACUCCUUACCACUGCAACUGUUGUACGAAUUCGAUGGAAAGGGGGUUGGCAGUAGUCAGGAAAUCGGAUGGACAAAUGAAGACGUAAUGAAUCCAUACAAUGUCACCAGCAACAGUAAUGUUGAGGUCGUACAAUUUGGUGAUCAUGAUUCAAUAUUCGACAUUCAGUCUUCAACAUCACCUCGGCAAAUUACUCACGAUCGCAUCUCAGAAAGUGCCCAUAUUCGCGAGAAUCUCCCGACGGAAGAAUCACGAUGCGAAGAUAGCACAUCCUCACCAUCUCAACCGAAGCCAUCCACAAAAAGAAAAAGGUCACGGAGCCUUGUUUCRUCUUCAUGGAAUGAACGGUUUCAAGAGCUAAUUAGAUUUCGUGAAGCAAACGACCAUUGCUUUGUGCCACAUAAUUAUCCUGCUAAUCCAAAGCUAUCGCAGUGGGUUCGUAAGCAGCGACAUCAGCGAAAGCGAAAAGAAAAACGAUUACACUCGACUCUAAGUGACGAGAGGCAAGAGUUACUAACAAAUGCAGGAUUUAUUUGGGAUUCCCAUAGGGCAAUGUGGCAGGAGAGGUACCAAUCUUUAGAACUUUUCCAGAUGACCAAUGGACACUGUAACGUUCCAUCUAAUUUUCAUGAUUCUUCCCUAUCAAAUUGGGUUAAAAACCAACGGAAGCAAUUCAAGCUUUUUCAAACCGGGUCAAAAACGACAAUGAAUGAAGAACGAAUCAAUCUUCUCAAUGCUUUAGGAUUCAAUUGGAAUCCAAGAAAUUUGUGAGAACUGUACGGACGAACGAAACCGAUGAAAGUGAUUAAGCACAUAAUCAACAUAUAUAAUACUACAUUUUUUAAACUAAAAGCGUGAUAGAUACUUCAAUCUUUCUAUCACUGAUGAUGUUAUUUUUGCCAAGUUCAUAACAGCGACCUUUCUCAAAUCAUACAUAUCUUCGAACCCCUUUCCUUAUUAAUGGAAUAUACAUGAAUGUCACCGACCUAAGUCUCCUGCUUUCGUUCCCACUAUUUGCUCCAAAUCAUCACGCUUUUCGAUGUCGGAUGGUUGUGUCGGGUCAUCAGAGAUAUCUCGAUUCGAUCUCGCGUAUUUGGCAUCUUGUAAUGCUAUGGCCCGGGCUUCAUUUCUUGACGCUUCUGUCACUUCCAUAUAUUUCUUGGAGAGACUCUCAGGGUCGUGUUGUUCAACAAUUACUACCUUUCUCGUCUGAGACUUUCUUUUUUUUUUUGUUGCUGCAGCUUCGCGAGUGAGGGCUUCCAGACCUCGUGUGUUAUGACUCUCGCUAUCUAAAUGGGCUCUUUCGUCCCCUUUUAGAACAAGCAUCACGGUAGCUUUUAUAUCUUUUCUCGUCAUUUUCAAUUCUCGUGGAGAUACCCACGUAGCGGCAUGUUCCUGGCGCGUGUAUUCAACUCUUUCUAAAGAAGGAAGUAUGACGUCGAUUCCAUUGAAUUGAACUUUUCUAUCUGACAUUGCUGUGUUUAUGAAUUUUCUAUUUGUAUUUACGUAAUUCGUUCCGAGAGAAAAGCCCGAGCAAUGGUGCUGGACACCUUGGCAACCUAUAAACUCCAACGUGUGCGUACCGGUCCGGCAGUUACCUCAUGCGAAAGUACAAUGCGAGGAGCUAGAUAUUGGAACACUUCUUCUUAACUAACGGGCAGGCMAUUGACGAGGACUGCUCUGCUACGGUACGGUUUCUGCAUCAAAUCAGAACUUGCGAAGUGGCAAUAUUGGUGUCGGUCAUUAACCUAGCUCCUUACCGUAGUACUUCUACGAAGUACAACAAGUACGAAAAUACAAGAAUACUGUAAUCAUUUCUAGGGACCAUUAACCCAUUUCCUUGUUUUACAAAWGACAUAAACUCAUUUCCUUGCAUAUUUCCGUUUUUAGUGAAUUGUAAACUCAUUUCCUUGCAUUCGGCCAUUUUGUAAACUCAUUUCCAUGCAUUCUCUACUAAGUAAUCAAAAUUCUGCCGUUAAAUAACAGGAAAAACCAAUGCAUCACUUAGGAGUUCGACGUUAAACAACAGCAGGAAACUACCGAAUACAGUGUUGAAAUACAAGACAAGAACCAACGACCAUGGUGCUCCUUCUUGCAAUACAAAUAAAAGAAUGAAAAUAGGACAGAUGCUAUUGGUAUUAAUGUUUUAUAUCCCCUCUGUAUCGUAUCGAAUCGUAUCAGCAACUCGUAUCAGCGUCCUCUGUAUCAGUGACUCGUCGUCUCUCCRUAAGAGCAUCCUCCRUAUCAGUGACUCGUCUUCUCUGUAUCAGCCACUCGUAUCCGCAUUUUCUGUAUCAGCAAUAGUCCCCCGUAUCRGUGAGUCUCUGUAUCAGCAAGCGUCCUCCAUAUCAGCAACACUCCAUAGUCUCUCAUGAUGGAUCCGCACCAAUACUGGUGUAAUCAUACACCGUAAUCGUAGCUAAACCGGUGUUCCGUAUCAGCAACUCGUUCCGUAUCGGCAUCUUCCAUAUCGGCGUCCUCUGUAUCAGCAUCCUCUGUAUCAACAUCCUCCCGUAUCAGCGUUCCAUAUCAGCGUCUUCCAACCAUGGUGGUUCUUGGUCUUUUGGUUAUUGCUUUUUUGAAUCGUAUUGUACUGUAUCAGCAAUUCCGUAUCAGCGUUCCGUAUCAGCGAGUCUCUGUAUCAGCGUCCUCAGUAUCAGUGAGCAUCCUCAGUAUCAGCGAGCGUCCUCUGUAUCAGUGAGCGUUCUCCGUAUCAGCGUUCCAUAGUAUGAGCRAGUCUCUGUAUCAGUGUUCUCUGUAUCAGUGUUCCGUAUCAGCGUUCYGCAUCAGCAUCCUCYGCAUCAGCAACCUCCACACCUUGUAAGCAUUCCCAGUGUYCCGUAGCAUCACCAUCGUCCUCCAACCAUGGUGGUUCUUGGUCUUUUGGUUGUUGCUUUGUUGAAUUUAUGACUGUUGUUUUGUGCUGGUGUACUGCGUUGUGGUGGUAGCAUUGGUUUUUCCUGUURUUUAACGGCAGAAUUUUGAUUACUUAGAGAAUGCAAGGAAAUGAGUUUACAAAAUGGCCAAAUGCAAGUAAAUGAGUUUACAAUUCACUAAAAACGGAAAUAUGCAAGGAAAUGAGUUUAUGUCAUUUGUAAAACAAGGAAAUGAGUUAAUUCUCCUCAUUUCUAGAAAAUAGAAAAUCGAAAAUCUACUUCCUUCAGUCUAAAAACUACAGUUUUUGUUAACCUGGAUGGCAUAUCUUGUCAUUGUACAGACGAGAAGUCAUCUCGAAAUACAAUAAGGAUUGUGAGGCAAUACCACAUACUACUGUAGUAAAUCACAAGUAGAUAGUGAGUGACAGCAGCAACACGCUCAUCCACUCACUCUUACAGAAAUUGUAAACGCUGCAAUACAACACUAAAGACGUUACGGAGUAUAUCCUCAGCAGCAACAACUUCUUAAUAACAAUAGCCAGCAGAAUAAAAAUGCUCAUUACUUCCUGUAAGAUACUCAAUGAGCUUACAAAGCAGUGCAACAAGUUGUUCGUGAUGAAGAGAUAGAGGAGGUUAAGCGUCACACUAACUAUCUGGCCUUGAUUUAGUAGUCAUUUAACACUUGGAUACAUACUAGUAGUACUUUACUACUAGUAGUAGAGCUCCUUACUACAACAUCACAAACAAGGGCAAGGAUAAUGCCUUCAAGUACAUAGGUACGUAAUUGACAAUUCUCUCUGCUGUGGUCAAUUUUUCUCAUUUUCCUGUCUCCAUUUUCUCCUCCCUCCCCCCCCUCCUCACAAAAAACUUGUUGUCCUCACCAAAUAUUCUGCUGGUGCUGCGAUAUCAUAGUGAUCCUUCUUAGUACUACUUGUUAGGACUUGACAUCAGAGGCUACUACUUUAAAAUUUGUGUUACCACUCAAUACUGGUGCUGGGUAACAUCCAAAGAAGCCAGCAAGAAAUUAAACAAUGAAAAUAAUUUUAUUUUCAUCAAUUGCACAGUUAGUACUAUGUCACAUAGUACUACUACUACAUAGCUAGUAGUAGUAGUAGUAGUAGUAGUAGUAGUAGUAGUAGUAGUAGUAGUAGUAGUAGUAGUAGUAGUAGUAGUAGUAGUAGUAGUAGUAGUUGUAGUUGUUGUUGUUGUUGUUGUUGUUGUUGUUGUUGUUGUUGUUGUUGUUGUUGUUGUAAUAGUACUAGUAGCUAUUAGUAGUACUACUAGUACUACUAGUAGCAGUAGUAGUACUAGCAGUAGUAGUACUAGUACUAGUAUGGUAUGCCACAGUACACCAAGUGUAAAAAUGAGGUAAAAAAUUCUACAAGGAUUUCUGUGGGAAUUGCCAAGUACUUGAUAUUCUUGUGCUUGUACUUAGGAGUUCUUUGUCCAUUGGRUAGAUUGCAAGUGGUUCUGUUGUGACAUUAUUUUCUGGGGCUCAUACCCCAUGAGUGCACACCUCCUACUCUUGCAUCCAUCCCACCUGCUAGUACUACUAGCUACUUCUACUCACAGAAGAACAAGCCAGUACAGAAGGGGGGAAUGCAUGCUGCACUUCUUGUAUACAGCAGCAACAAAAAUACCAAAUACUGUAUCAAAGAAAUAGCUAGUAGUUACCAGAAUGUUUUAGCAACAAUACUAAGUAGUAGUAAACAUAUCUUAGCAGUAGUAGUAGUACUUUUGUUGUUGUUGUAUCUCCACAAAAAAUUCCAAAACAUAUACUAGGAAUUGGGUUUAGGUUCUUGUUCUUGUAAGAUUCUGAAUCAAAAAAUGUCUAUUCUACAUACAACAGUUAGUAUUAAUAUCAUUUCUCUUUCUCAACCUCUUUCCUGUAAUUUUGGACUGGACAAUACCUCUUCUUUCAUGCACCAUUGCCCUCAAUUUUCAAAAUCAAAGGUGCACAUGCUGCCUUGCACCAAUUUAUAGAAAAUAGUGUACUAGCAUGAACCAAGCUACUAUUGCUAGUAUUACCUACACAUAUUAUUCUCAGUAGUAAUAUUGAACCUCCUCUCUCCUUGUGCCUGCUGUUGGUGAGCAUCUUCUUACUACAUAUUACUGUCUAAACAAUUGAUUCCUGUACUCAUUCAUUGGUUCCCAGUACUUGAUUGCUUUGCUUGUACUAAUCAUCCUGGAAUGAAUAUAAAACAAAGAAUAAAUCUAUAAAUAUUCUGGUGGCAGCUCAGAAGACCCAAUUCUGCUUCUUUCUCAACAGGCAAGUUGUUUGGCUGAAACCAUGUUGAAAAGAACAGCAGGGAGCAAGUAGUAUUCUGUGAAGCUCUGUUUUUGUGAAAAAAUAAGGAUGGGAUCAUUGAAUCAGUGAUAGUAGGAAACAAUCAAUUAGUGUGUGAAUCAAUUGUUUACAUACUUAGGCUAGUAGGAAAUUCUCAUAGUAAGCAUCAAUGUCACCCUGCUGACAUUGUAGUUGCUGCAAAUUACCUCUGUAGAUCUUGUCAGAGCUGGCAGCAGUACUAUGUCACCACUUUUCUCCUUUUGGAUUUGUCAAGUCUUGUGCCCUAUCCUAGCAGUGGAAAUCUGCAUGAUAUUUCAAGUUUCUUCCAUAUUUAAGGCAGCAUUGUGGAAUCACAGAAGGAUUUUAGGGCUACCAAAAUAUUUGUGUAGAAAAUAUGUAUCUAUUUAUGGGUURUGUAAGCCAAAUUUCUAUGCUGCUGAGCUCACCAGAGAUCCUUCAGUGGUUGGAAUAUCAACUAUUGUUUCGCAAAAUUUUCUUCCAAAAAAAUCAGCUUUUUUGUUUUGAAGGAUGUUCAUUGCUUCCAUUGCAUCUCGUUUGCCAAUCAUUUGUGCUGUCAUGGCACAAUGCUCGCUUUGAGCAAAAUAGGCAUCUGCAAUUAGUUCCUCGUCAAAAUAUCCUUCUUCAUCUUGACAAUCGAUUUCAAAGAAAACGGCGGUGUAUGCGUUCAUGCGAUUUCGCCUCUUCCUUUUUACUCCAUCUCUUGUUCUGCUUUCGAGACCGCGAAUAGAUACGUCGCUUCCUUGUACAAGAAGGCCGGAUUGCACUAAUUUCGCGUCGGAUUUCGCGUUUUCUUUCAUUCGACGCAUGUCGUCUCGAUCAAACCACGAAGCUUCCAUUUCUUCUAGAGUGUAAUCGUCUCGGUUCAUUACUUCGUAGGUAGCGACCAUAGCACCGAAAGAUACACGUCGAGAUCUAGCAAUUGAGGUUUCAUGAAGUGGGGCGAUGAGUGUUUUGGGUUGAUCGAUGAAGUCGUCGUGACUUGUUGUAAGAGAAAGAUCAAAAUCUUGAAUCAAAGGGKCCAUCUUGGAUGUUCUGUUCCUGGAAGAUAAUAUGUCUUUUGGGUUUGCGAUCCAAAGUAUUUUAUGAACAGAAAGAAUGAUUUGUCGUUUUCGAAUAGAUGGGAUUUGUUUUU